AGCGGUCAGUGCUGCGUUAUUGCGGCUGCUUACCUGCUCUUGAUGAUCGUUCUGCCUUCUUCUUGAAGGUCGGAGGGAGAGAACACAAUCUGAGUGGUAUCUGUGUUGAUGCUAUAAACUCUUUGGGGCAGACUGCUCUGUUCACAGCUGCUUUACUUGGUCUUGAGAAAGUGGUUGAUACUCUUCUGGAUUUUGGCUCAGACCCAAAUCAUCGCUGUUACGAUGGGAGUACUCCAGUGCAUGCUGCAGCUUUCUCAGGCAACCAGUCACUUCUCAGUAAGUUGCUGGAUGUGGGUGGAGACUUGCGAACGCAUGAUGAGAAUGGAAAGAACCCAGAGAGCUGGGCAAUGUCAGCUGCAAAGGAAAUCAGCAUCCAGAUAUUGGAAUUUAUCCAGCGUUGCACAGCACACAUGCAGGGCACUCUGCUGAAUUACACAUUGCUGCACAAAGUUUGUUCUCCCCAAGACCUUGUCUACAACCCUUCUAGGUUUGGGGGCAUCACACAAGGAAGAUACAAUAGCCCGUUGGGAAGAUUUCUGAAAGGCUCAAACACUUCUGAAAAAUGUAAACAGUUUGGGCGAACUUUCAGCUUUGGUUUUGGGAAGUUUUAUCUCAGUGGCAGCAAACAACUGGGCUACUUAUCGUCACUCCCGCUCAUCACAGAUAAAGAACUGUUCCAGGCUGAUGAUGAACGGUCUUUUUCAUUUCCUGCUGGGCCGUACAUGAAUAUGACCAAUUUGAUGUGGGGUGUGACCCGGGUCACAGUGAAGGAGCUGAAUCUGAAACCCCAUCGGAACUGUAGCAAGCUGCACCUGGCUGAUCUGCUCCUUGCGGAAAAGGAAUUUAGCAGUAAACUCCGCCACCCUCAUUUGCUGCUGUUGAUGGCUGAGUGCUUAUCCAGUGACUUGGAGAGAACUCGAUUAGUGUAUGAGAGGGUUAACUUUGGCUCACUCUACAACAUCCUUCACGAGAGGCGCUCAGAGUUUCCAGUUGUGCACAUCGAAACAAUUGUGCGCCUGCUGCUCCAGGUGACUGAGGCCUUGCGGUACCUGCACCUACACGGUUUCGUUCACCGCACAGUCAGUUCCUAUGCAGUGUUGAUUGUGACGACUGGAGAAGCCCGACUCAGCAACUUGGAGUAUAUGAUUGAAAGCAAGGACGGGGGAGAGCACAGCAACCUGACCAGGGUGCCCAUUUCUUCUCAGCUGUUCAAGUGGUGUGCACCAGAAGUAAUCCUUGAAAAAUCACCUACUGCCAAAUCGGACAUCUACAGUUUCUGUGCCGUGAUCCAGGAAGCACUCACAGAUACUGUUCCCUGGGAAGGGAUCAAAAGUUCGUUAAUUAAGGAUCACAUAAUUUCUGGGCAGUCUUUGGAAACUGAUGCCAGGCUGCCGAAAGUAUAUUAUGAUACUGUGAAAAUUGGCCUGGAAUACAGAAAGAAGGACCGCGCCAUAAAUCUAGAGGAUAUUCGCUACAUCCUGCAGAAUGAUUUAAAGGAUUUGAUUGAGUCCCACAGGAACUGCCCCUGUGAAGGUUUCAGCAUACCCAACAGUGAAUCGCAUCACAACAUUAAUAUCUGCUUUCCAUCCACCUUGGACCUCCGAGUCAAGACACCGAAGCCACAAGGAGAGGAGACAGCACAAGUUGUCAGGAGCUUUACUGUAUCAAGAUGUGCUGUUUCUGCACCCGUACUGGAGGCCGCUACUUUGUCCAAGGUCGAAUCUGCUGUUCAAGGAGCUAAAUCGAGCCCUGUCUGGGACACGGCUCCUCAACCCCAGGGUGAUACCAGCAGCAUGGAUGACAGCCUCUGCAGCUUUGAAAUUAAUGAGAUCUAUACACAUUGUCCAGAGUUAUGUGAGGGCAGCAUAGAGGAAGAGGAGUCAGCUGGAUUGGAUUCAGAAUCCCAAAGAAAGAAACAAAUCGCUUCAGAAGACAGGACAAAAGUUCCAUCGCCUCCUGCCAAAAUUCUGAAUAGGUGCAUGAGCUUUAGUGAGGAUGAUAGCUCUUCGGACCCUGAAGCAGAGCACAUCAAGAACUUGAGUGAUGCGUCAGAGUCCUGCCUGGUUACUGAAGCAUCACAGAGUAUCAAUGAAGCAGAGGCCAGCUGUUCAAAUUGGGACAGGCUGUAUAGCAAGUGUGUCUCAGAUCUAAACACUUGUAAAAACUUAAUGUGCCAAUUUUCAGAUGCUGUUGACAGGAUAAAGGAAUUAGAUGUACUGGAUGCCAAUAGGAAGCAGCCGCUUGUGGGGAACCAAAGACAGCCGUGCUAUGUCCCGUGUCCUCUGGAAGAGGCCUACUUGAAAAGGACUGAGGAGGCCUUGAAAAAUAUUAAAGGGCCCUACACUGGAGACAAGGCGUUACUGUGGAAGGCAGUCGGUCCUUCGUCAAAGUUCUACAUCCCUCCCCCACUGCGGAUCUCAGGCAUGCUGAGGCCAUUGGGUAUUCACCACUUCCAAACAAAGGAAAAUGAAUGCAAGAAUGAGAACAGGAGCCAAGAGGCCACCUUUCAGAAUGAUUUUGGAUCAGACAGUGCCAAAAUCGCUAAAGACAUAGGAGCAGCAGAACCGGACUGUCAGCUCUUGUACCCAAGCAUUUCUACCAGGAGGGAAAGGAUGGUAAGCUUGCAGCCACUUCGAGGGAGUGAGUCAAGCUCCGCAGGGGAUGGAAUCAAAGAGACAGCGAGGAUCUCUCAGAAACCUGUAUCUGAAAUACGUGAUGCACUUUUGAGAAGCGAGGAGAGAGAAGGAGACAGGAUGAGGAGGAUGGCACAAUCUGAAUGGACACAGGAAGUAAGUCAGAUGGCAAGCAAAGCAGUUUCUGGGCAACUGGACCUUCUCGUUCAGUACCGUCCCAACAAAUGGACUUCUGAGACUGAGAACACAGAGAGUACGUUAGAAAGUUCCUGCAACAGGGCAUGGAUAAAGGCCUGCCAGCAGAGGGCACAAGAAUGGCCACAGGCAGAAAAAGAACGUGGAGAUCAGAGACAAGUCUGCAGCACUGAAGGCAGGAAUAGCCAGCUUUCAGCAAAUGAGGCGCAAACUGAGUGUGACACAACCUUGUGCAAGAAUCUGGCCAUUUCUGUCAGCGUUGAAGACCUUUGCAGGGUGCAGCCAGAAGAACUCUGUUGUUCUCUGUCUUCCUCUCCUGAUGUAUCUGAAGAGUUUUUAACUCCUGAUUCGGACAAUUUUUUCUGUUCUUCAGCCCCUCAGGAGAAUUCAGAGCUAGAGAACUCAAGUCUUGAAGAGAAAGAAGAUUUGGAAAUAUUCCAAGAAGUCUGCAAAGAGGAAGAAUUCUCCUUACAUGCAGGGCAGCUUGCUCUGUUUAUACCCGCAGUUCCUGAGUAAGCUGAUGCCUCUGAGGAUGUACAGAGUGGCUGUGGCAAACCCCACUGAGAUGUUAGUAAGAUAGCGGAUAUCUUACUAGUUUAUUAAAAGUUAUUGUU